GUCGGAAGAGAAAUCAAAGUCACUCAGGAGGGCGAUCGGGGUCCUCUUCCCAGGAGGAUGACAAUUCCUCCGAUCGCUCUCGCAACUCGAGUGAAGACAGUAGGGGAAGGUCUCACGACAACUCCAGAAGCAGGUCGCGCUCUUCGUUGUCGGAUGAAAGCAGCGACAGGAGUGAAGAGGUCGCACCACGUCCCACCUCCCGGUCGUUCCGCAAGAAAACGAGCCAGAAGCAGCUCGUGA